AUGAGGGAGGUUCGUAAGGGACAGUGGUUUACAGUGUUUGAUGGAAGGGUCCCCGGUGGGGGUGGUUAUCUUGGGAGUGGACAUCGGCCCCAACUGCACCACGUCAAGGUACGCCCAGACACUUGGUACAACCUCAAAAUGACCACCCACAACAACGUCGGGACAAAAAAAUGCCUGCUAACAUUAGCCACGCCUCCUGACGACCAGUUAGAAGCGUCCGUGAAAGAGGCCAAACUAAAACGACAUUCCUAUUGGUUGAAACGCAAAAAUGCUCCGCCCUUUUACGCCAGACUUGAGUUUAUGUUUCCCUUGAUAUUCAUAGUGGCCUUCAGCGUGGUAGUCGUCGUGUUGUUCUUGUUGUACCAGCGUAGGAGGAAGCUGAUGAGGAAGAUGAAGACCAUGAUGACUGACGACCGGGAGGACGGCAAGGAUGUUGAAGUGUUUCUCAGUCCGGUUGAAUGCCUGGCUUUCAAUAUGAGAGUCUCUAGCGCGGGCUAUGAUAAGGUGAGUAGAAGCUAUGAUGAUCGAAAAGAUGAUAUCCAUGCGCGUUAUAAGUUGGCUGGCACACAGGACACUGCAGCUGCUUUCAGAAGCAACGACAGCUGCGGUUCCUACUCUAGAAGCAACUUCAAAGCAUCCAACAAACACCUACCAGAUGUCAAAACUACAAAAAAGAUGGAAGAAAAGCCAAAAAAAUCAUUCAAACUGUUUAGGCUGAUACAUUUCAGACGCAAGAGCAAAUCCUCAACUUUAAUUUCUGCAUCAGGUGAUGAUAAGAAUGGCCCAUCUCAGAAAGAAUCUCGCAUCUACAAAGGGGACCCACAUAAAAGGAUCGGCCCUAACAACCCCCAAAACGACCCCCAUAACAAGCCCAUAACGCACGAACACCAAUCCUCCACUCUAUCAAAAGUCGAAAUGAAAAGUGUUAAGUUAUCAAAACACAAAAGAAGAAACACAGUUUAUUUGUGUCCAGGCAUUUCGACUGACCAACACUUACUGGAAGGUAGCAAAUGUAACAAUGGUAACUGCUGCAAAUCUGUUGGAGCCCAAAAAAGUUUGCUACAUUCACAAAGUGACCAACAACUGAAGUGGUCAAACUUACGGGGCAGCGAUAAACUGACCGGAUGUAGAAGAUCCAGAUGUGCGAUUCACGGUAGCAGGAAUGAUGGUACUGGAUUAGAAUGCAGUCUACACGACGGACGAGAUGACGGUGACGUCAUUGUUGACUCUUACACCGAUUUCGUUUCUACAUCUUUUAUCUGA